CGUCGUCAAUUUGCAUACGACACAAAAACCAUUCACACACGAGGACUGGGCAAAUUCAUGUUUCCAUCCAUGUAUCCAUGUGUCCACGUAGAUGUGUCUGUCUGUCUAUUUGUUCCUGGUGAGAGUCCUCUGCUUCUCGGCAGCCACAACCACCUUCUCGCCAGUCGCCAGCCCCUGCACACAGACACGCGCACAACACGUCAACGUGGGCUCGUCCGUCUGUCUGCCUGGGUGGCUGUCGUACCUUUCUCUUUCGUAUGGUGGUGACAAUUCGCCUGGCCGUGUUGGGGGGCGGACCCUGCUCGCCGAACUCCUCCAACUCCUACACACACACACACACACACACACACAUAUCCCCGCACACAAUCGAUGGACGCCAUCCACACACACAUGGUAUGCAUACCUCUUCGGUCAUGGACGCCUCCGGGAAUGGGUCCUCGUCGAGCACCUCCCAGUGCGAGAACUGCAGGUGCAGCGACACGUCGCCGCUCGCCCUGGAUCGCAGAUCCUGCGCCACGCCAAACGCCUCCGUCACGGGGAUCAACGCCUGCACUCAGCCAGCCAGAGGCACACACAUUGUGUCUUCGCGUGUGUGGAUGGGGGGCGGGUGGAUGCUUAGUUGGCUUACCUCAACGACAAAAGUGGAUGUGCCCUCUCUGAGGUUUUCUGCCACCACCCUGGCCCGUCUUUUGGCCAGCACACCGUAUGCCUUGCCCAACACAUCCUGCUCGCACUGCAUCUCUGAUACACACACGUGAUAGAGGCAUGAUGGCAGGCAGGCAGGCGUUGAUAUCUUUCCCUUACCGAGCCUCAGUGCCGCCUCGCAGAUGCGUGUGCGUCCUCUUUGCAGCAGGCUCUCCCUGCAGCCCUCCUUUGUCGCCGACAUGACCUGACACACAGCCCCACGACACACACCCACUUGCACGUACCCAUCGAUGCAUGUGCCGUUUCCAUCACUCACCUGCCCAGAGAACGGCCCAUAAGGGUCAGAUGCGAUCGGUCCCGACGCCUCGGUCGAGGACUCACCAUCCCCACCGCCACCAUGCUGCCCUCCCUGCUGCUGCUGGUCAUCUGACACCUGCUUCUCCACCUCUUUCAGCCGGACGUCCUGCACCACAAAGCCCACGCCCCUCACGGCCUCCUCGCAUAUCGGCCCCGCAUAGCUCGCCAGCUCGAAACCAGACACAACGGACGGCAGGAUGGUGGACAGAUCGGCGUCUCUCUCUGCUGGCUGCUGUGUGUCCGCUCUUCCGUAGGAAUGCCGCAGAGACCAGGCUGCCGUGUUGGUGCCGAGGAGGAGGUUUCUGCUGCCGCGGUUGACGCAGAUGCCCCACAGGCGGCCUUUGGGAGGCUCCUUUAUCCCUGUCUGGGUCCACGUGUGGUGUAUCUCUUGGCCGAUGGUGUCAAGACACCUGUUGAGGUCAUCCGCGUCACUGCUCGUUGGCGGUGGUGAUGAUGUUGAUGUGUCGGCAGCAGGGAGGAAUCGGAGGGCGGGACGGCGGCCGUGGAUCACCGCCUGAGAAAGAGAGAGAAAGAGGGAAUGCUGCGUCAAGGGCGACACAACUGUGUGCGCGUGGGUAGGGUGCUUACGGAAAUGUCUCCUUCGUUGUCGUCAAGCCACUUGACCACUGCACAAUCACAGCCCCCACCCCGAAACACAAUGAUUGCACUUCAUGUGGGGGGCAUGUACUGUGCCCACCUUCAGGCGGCAGUGGUUCGGCGCGCAGGGUGAUGACCGCCCGCCUGUUGGCCGUCUCCACACGCACAGACCCUAUAGCGACACGACACACACAACACCACACCCGUUCACCCACACCCACGCACAAACCCCCGCCAGCUCACCUUUGCCGAUCUCUACAGCAGCAGCAGCAGGAGGGGCCUUCUUGCCCUCGCCAUCCUCCUCUCCCUUGUCCUUGUCUUUUUCCUUCUCUUUCUCCUUGUCUCGGUCCGUUGCCCACGGUGGGAAGUUGACACUCUUGGCCAGCGCCUCGCUGAGGGAUGUGUCGCCCUGCUGUGUGGGCGGCACUGACGUGAUGGACUCGCGGAUGGCCACAAGCGGGGGGGAAACUGCCACACACAAAGGGGAGGUGGGAGAGGGCGUGUGUGUGGGAUAGGUUUGUGUAUACCGUUGAGGGGCACUCGAGCGUACAGGUUGCUGAGGUCGUUGAUGCACCGCUCCAAAUGGACCUCCCCGCAGCAGCCGAUGACGUACUCGCCAGUGUCCAGGACACUCAGCUGCAUAUUCACAACCCACCAUCACAUGUUUGUUGGGUGAUGUCACGCUUAUGCGCACCUCUACAGAUGGGUCGGCUCUCUGCAGCAGCCGCAAGCCCCUCGCCACGGCAUCGAAGUCCUGCAGAUGCUUCGGCUCGACGCUCACACGCACUAUUGCCGCAUUGCUCUGCACGCGCACACACACAUCCAUCCAUCCAUCCGUGUGUAUGUGAAAAGGUGUGUGUGUUUGCCUGCCUUGCUGUAAGGGUUGUCGAAUGGGGGGCAGUCGUCUGUGGUGCUGAGGGUGAUGCACCGGUCGACUGACGUGAGGGAGAGGGUCCACUCGUGCUCAUGAUUGUCUCCGUCUGGUGCUGUUGACGCGUCAGCCAAAGAAAGGGCACAGAUGCUGCCCGCAGGCACCUGCAAGGGAUGGAUGCACACAGGAAUGCAUUUGUGUUAAUACCUUUGUGUGGUCGGUGUGACCUCGUUGAUUUCAGAAAGGUAGCGGCCCAUGAGCAGAUACAGACCCAGCACCUACACAUGUCCCCACAUCCAUCCAUCCAUCUAUUCAUAGUGAGAUCCAUCCAUUCAUCCAUGAGGUGUGCAGGCCACAUGCGUACCCUGACGAUCCUGGUCCUCUGCUGGUCGGUGUCCGCACCAUCCACAGCACCAUCAUUCACACCACCACACACACGAAGAUCCAUGCCUUUCCUGCACACACCCAUACACACACAUACGGAUGGAUGUGCUGACGUGUGUGUAUGUGUGUGUGUGAGGUCAUAACACGGACCUGAGCGUCCCGGCGAACACCCUGGCGAACCCCACAAAGUCCCCCACCUUCUCUAUGCCCAUCAGCUUGUCGCCCGUCAGCGUCAGCUGAUCCAAAUCAGCACCUAUACACACACUCACACAGCCACAACUAUACACACACGUGUCCAUAUGCACACCUGCAGCACUCACCGAGGAAUUUGGCCACAUAGGCGACGCACUCGCCUUGCGCCGAGCUGCUCAUGAGUGUCUGUGCGAGACCACCAUGGCUAUCGUGCCGCAGUGAGGGGCAGAGGUAGGCCAUCCGCAGGGAGGCCGCCUGGGUGGGGGAGGGCAGCAACGCCGAGACGAGAGAGAGGAUGCCUUGGGAGAGGGGCAGCCACGCCGAAAUGAUCGCCUGCAUACAAAAGACAAGAGAGGAAAAGAAUGCAGCAGAAUGACUGACAGACAGAGAGGGUGGUAGGAGGGGGGGUACCUGUGCAGCGUCAGGGCCUUGCUUAAGAGCGUCCGUUUUGACGGUGUCGGUGAGUUUGAGUGAGGUGACCAUUUUCUGCACCGCCGAGGGGUCGAAGUGGUCCACUGUCACCUCAUACACCUAAACACACCACACGCAUUUCCAUUGAACGCACGUGCCUCUCCGCACACAGACGUACCUUCCAAAGCGACUCUAGGAUGAACUGCACGCACAUCGGCCGCAGUUUGCCCUACACCAACACACACACGCCACACGAGUGAUCACCAAAACACACAAACAUUCCCCCCUCCCGCCCUACCCACUCACCUGUGCGCGUUUGAGCACUUGUUUGGUCUUGGGAUUGAAGAAAUAGUCCCCCCACAAUGCCCGCUGCAGCUUGGGGACAGCAGUGGGCUUCACCCCCAGCUUCGGCGCCAGCUGUCUGGCGAAGGUGGCUAUGUCGAAGCACCAGCCGUGCAGUGCGGAUGCGAAGACGACGUUGCCGCGGACGGGGGAGAACUCGAUGGACUCCUCUAAAUCGUCGUCAAACACCAAAUCCUGAGAGGAAUAUGGAAGAUACACUCAGGGUGUAAUGCAUUUUGGGUGUGCUGUGUACCAGGCCGGCCGAGUCGGCUUCGCUGCUGCUGCCGUCUGACGUGACGCUGGCUGUGUCAUCUGCUGCUGAUGCUGUGGCUGUGCUGCCUUUGGUACGCUGGGCGGCCGCGGCCAUGACCUCCUCUGUCAAAAGCUGCUGCUGAAGGGCGUUCACCUUCACACGAACACAGAGAGGGGUAGGGAUGGGGCCCUGUGUGUGCUAUGAGCGCACUUGUACCUGUUCGAUGAUUUUGCACAGGUGUGUAUAUGCCUCUGAGGGCGACAGACGGAGAUCCAAUAUCAGACGGUCCAUCCUAUGACGUGUGACACAGAGGGGCGAAGGGAUGGACAUCUGUACACAUAACUUCGUAUCCUGAGUGCCCACUUGUUGAUGACGAGAGUCGUCUUGACGCGCUCCUUCCUGCACACACAGACACACACACAGUCAGCCGAUCCAUCUGUAGUCAUGCUCUCAGGUUGUCGCCUCACCAUGCCUGUCGGAUGACAGCUCGUGUCUGCGGCCCUACCUGACACAAACACGCAGACAAACAGCCUGUCCCGCCAGCUGCAUCCACUCUCGCUGUGUGUGUUUGUGUCCUUGUGAGUCACCCCUUCGACAGCGUCCACCAGCACCAGUGCCCCAUCACACAGCCGCACAGCCGUCGACACCUCAGAAGAAAAAUCCACGUGGCCCGGCGAGUCGAUCAGGUUGAUCAGAUACGGCACGCCACUUGAGGGAUGCUGUUCACGACAGACAAGAACACAGAGGGCAAGAUGCCUUCGCCCUCCGUAUGUGUGUGUGCGUGUGUGUGUGUCUGUGCAUGGUGUGUGGCUGACUGACUGACUGACCUUCCAGUAGAGUGAGAUGUUUGACGACUUCAUGGUGAUGAAUCGCCGUUGCUCGUCCUCCCUGCUGUCGAGGUAGCGCACCUUGCCCGCACUUCUGGCGCUGAUCAACCCAUUCGACGAUAUCAGAGAGUCUGACAGCGUCGUCUUGCCUGCAGGCAGACAGUCAGAGAUGGAUGUGCUUGUCUGUGCGUGUCUGUGCGUGUCUGUGCGUGUGUGUGUGUGUUUGUGUUACCGUGGUCGACGUGCGCGAGUAUGCAUAUGUUGCGUACGUUGGCGACGUUCUGCUGCAGCUGACCCAGCAGCUCUACCGACGCCAUCUCUAUUUCCGACGGUUGCUUGUGCCUAUGCG